AUGAGCCAGUCGGCUGACGAGGCCCGAGCGGCCAGGAUACAGAGGUACAAGGAGGAGAGAAGAAAACAACUCACUGCUAGAACAGCUACAAUUUUCUCCGCCAAUGUCACCGAAAGGCGUCCGAAAAGAGAGGCUGCUGGCCGAUCACCUUUAGAAGAUACAGCCACAAAUCUGAAGUCUUCCUCUGAAUUAAACAUUAAUAUAGCUACAACAUCAGUUCCUAUCAGAACGACAAGAACGUCCCGUUUGAGAGCGGCCGCUGCUAACAACUCUGAUACAUGCCAGUCGCCGAGGAGAUCGCCGAGAAAUAGAAGGAGUUCGUCCGAACAAUCGCUCUUAGAAGAUGAUAAGAACAGAACGUCUAAAAAUACCAAAAUUUUAGAUAGAGAUAAAACACGAAGUAACUACAGAAGGCAGAUAAACGAAAAGGAGAAUUUUAAAAGCUCGUCUACCACGUGUUUCCCAGAAAGAGAUAAUGGUGCUAUUAGAUCGAAACUUAAACAUUCCACUAAUAAAAAUAUAAUAGAAAAAGACAAAAAUAUUAGUUUAGCGAAAAGUCCUAGAGAGAGAAACGUCGAUGGUACGGGAAUGAAAACUUUGACUGACGAUUCUAAACUAGUUAAUAAGGAUGACAGCGUUGACGUUGACGAAAUAUUGAAUGACAUCCUAGCUGAUGACAGAGGGAAGGACAGAUACCAAUAUUUAUAUAAUGACUUAACUGUUGAUAAUAAUAUUAAAAUUAAUGUUAGCGUUAGUGACGAAGCCUCGGCUGAGAGCGAGCUCAAACAUAGUCACAAGAACUCUUGCAUUCCUGUUAAAGAUAAAUUAGUUGAUAAUGAUAGUGUCAAAUUAGUUGGUGUGCCAAAUGUGAAGACUGAUGUUGGCUUGUUAGGUGCCGUGUGCGUGCGGAAAGUUGAGAGAUUCAGUGAACUGCUCAGUAAUCUGUGUUCACCUUGUGAGGCUGAUAUAUUGUUUGAAGAUGUUUUGGUCGAGAAUGGCAUCAAUGGGGACAGUGGAUCGGUAAGUGAAAUAUUAUAA